CUGCUUUGGUUGCUUGUGUCCCUUUAAUGAGUUUUGGGUUGCGGAAAGCACCGGCGACCUUUCAGCGACUGAUGAAUAUGGUUGUGUCUGGACUGGACGGCUGUGCUGUGUACCUUGAUGACGUAGUGAUCUACAGCAAUACCUGGGAUGAACAUGUCUACCGAAUCAGGAAGCUGUUUGAUCGGCUGCGUGACGCAAACCUGACGAUCAACUUGGCGAAGUGUUGGGAAUCUGUGUCGUCCGUGGCUGGAUGGCCAAGCCCAAAGAAAUCAGAGUGAAGUUUUUCUUCCUCUUCAUUGUUACCCUCAUCUUCAUCCUCUGUAUCGCUGUGAGAACACCCAGGACGUACAGGGCCGUCCCAGAGCCACGUGGGGCUCUGAACACUUGCCCCUUGCAGAUCUCUGGGCGGACCAUCACCCCCCUCAACAACACCAAGCACUUACUGGUGUCGGCCUACAUGGACCAGAGAGUGGAGGGCUUGGAUCUACGCAUCAUCGGCAUAUUUAAGAGAGACUCCAUCCAACCACUCCACUGUGUUUUCUGCUGUGCAGGCCAUUUAUCAAGCACAACUCCAGGAACAAUUUUACAACACUCAGACAACUUUGGCUUCCCCUACGUCACUACAGACGUCAUGUGUCAGAUUCCUCAGAACUGCAACACUACACAUGUCAGUCUCCUGACUCAGCCAGGAAGAGUUAGUGUAUUUAACCAGACCUGGCUUCCUAUAAGAAACCAGAAAACCAAAGGGAAGAAGGAGGAAAAGUUGCAGUUUAACUUCACAGUUUGCAUCUCCAACCUGUUUGGAGACUACAACAAUGUGCUUCAGUUUGCACAGACUCUGGAGAUGUACAGACUACUGGGUGUGGACAGGGUGGUGAUCUAUAACACCAGCUGCGGCCCAGACCUCGACCGCCUGCUGCAGAGCUACAGCCAGGAGGGCUUCGUGGAGAUGGUUCCCUGGCCCAUAGACCAGCACCUGAAUCCAUCUCGUGGCUGGCUCUUCUCACAGAGCGGGGGGGACGUGCACUACUUCGGCCAGUUGACCACGCUCAAUGAGUGCAUUUACAGAUCCAUGGACCGCUCACGCUACGUCCUGUUGAACGACAUCGAUGAGAUCAUAAUGCCGUACCAACACAACAACCUCAUGUCUCUGAUGGACGUGCUCCAACAUCAACAUCCAAAUACGGGGGUGUUCCUCAUUGAGAACCAUAUAUUUCCCAAGAAGCCCUUUGAUGAAAGUAAAUGGGGUCCCCUGCCUCAAUGGAAAGGGGUGCCAGGCUUUAAUAUCCUGGAUUGCAUCUACAAGGAGGAGCCUGACAGAAACGUAUACCACCCCCACAAGAUGAUACUUCAGCCAAGGAUGGUGCAGCAGACCUCAGUACAUGAAGUGCUCAAGAUGUUUGGAAAAAUGUUUAAGGUUCCACCAGACGUGUGUCGGAUCAUACAUUCCCCAAUCAGGACCCCAACACAACAGCCGCUGGAGCAGCUCCACGUGGACAAACGACUGUGGGACUUUACAGAAAGACUGCUCCCCAGCGUUGAUAAGGUGCUGAGGAGGGCGGGGCUUUUGACUUCAGAGAGGCAGAGCUGAUGGGACUGACACUAAGAUGGACACAGAAGUGUACACGCACACCAGAAGGCCAUUUAAAGAAUAUAAUUUAGGCAGAGAAAUGAGCGGAUAACACUCCUGCAACAACUUUCUUAAAAUGCUGUCAAGGUGAGAACUGAAGACUGCUUUUAUUAGUGCUUAGUGGUCAAUUGAAGACUGAUAUACACAUGAAGAACUGCGGGAACAUUGUACUGUGUGAAUGUGACAGGAUGCAACCCUAUCUGCAUUUUAAGCAAAACGCUCUGGCGUGGAAAGAAUAAAGCCGAGGUGGCAACCUUCAUUGAAGACAAACAUCUGGUCAGUGUCAUGGUUACAUGUGAAUGCACCAAAAGUGUUUGUUUCAUGGAAUUGUUGCUGACAGAGAAACAGUUUGACUAUUGCUACAGUUAUUGGAAGGUGAAGGUGUUGAUCUGAGGUAAAGAAACAGAGUGCAAAGGCUUGUUUACCACAGCUGUGGUCCAAACUAUGUCUGGCACAUUGAUGGCUACGACAAGCUUGAGCCAUUUGGUAUUGCAAUCAGUGGAUGCAUUGAUGGGUUUUCCAGAAAGAUGAUAUGGCUUGAAGCUUACAAAACAAACAAUGACCCAAAGAUCAUUGCUGGCUACUUUGGUGGAAGCCCUGCCAGACUCAGACUUGAUAUAAAACACAGCGACUUUUGCAAUUUUCAGAGAACCAAGCUGAGACAGACAGUGUAACAUUUGGUCCAAGCACUGGAAACCAGCGGAUUGAGCGAUGGUGGCUGAUCUUGCAAAGUGAGUGUGUCCAGUUUUGGAUGGACAUAUUUUACAAACUGAGAGACGAUGGCUACUGUGAAUGAAUUUUCCUUAUUGUAUGUUAAACAUCCCUCUUGUAGGUUAAAGGAAACUGUCUGUCUCUCUUAGCCAGCCUCACUCUAUGUGCCUGAUAGGGCCGAGCUGGCUGGGGCAGCUGGUAGGCCAAGGUUAGCUAGAAACCUUGUGUAUUCGGUUUAGACUCAACAGGCUGGCGCCUGGUUGGAGAGGCUGGAUAAGAGAGACUGUACAGAGGCUAUGUUGUUGCUAGCACAGCAACGGUAGAUGUAUUUCCUUGUUUAGAUCUUAUAUCCAAUAGAAUCCUCACACAUGCCAGGCUGAUGUAGAACUAACCCUAUUUGGAUAUAGCGGAACUUAGCUGGUCUGGGGAAGGUUAAAUACUGUGCUCAAGGACACCAUCUUCAGAAUUGGGUAGCAGAACGCUGUGAUUCACACGUGGUGUUUCCCUGUUCUCCUCGAUCGAGCAACAAUAAAUGUUACCGAUUAAGACAUCCGGGUCUGCCGAAACUUCUUCUGUCUCGAAGAAACUACCUCUAAGAUAUCCAUCACAGCUACUUCUCAGUCAACUUCUUGUCCUUUAUCCAUUUUUUCUUUCUUCAAACAAUACAGGUAAUUGACACAUACACAUACAGGUGAUAACCCAAUAAUAUGUUUAAGAGCCACAAGUGACCAUGUGUAAGUCAUUGCCUUUUUUUCUGUGCAAUGGAUUGUGUAAU